CAUUGGUCUCUGCAGAGGAGUCCUGAACACGCAGAGCAUUGGUCUCUGCAAAGGAGUCCUGAAUUUCCUUUGAAGUUUCAUUGAGGCUUUGUCGCUCAUCUGGGAUAUCCUCCCUUCAAAAUGGCUUCUGGAUUCCCAAAACAGACACCGACACCUCGUCCUUGGUCCAGGGAAAUGCUGAAGUCUUUUACUCUGCGUCCCUCUAAGUCCCUGUGGGAAAAGUUUUUCAGCAUGAAGAAGAAGAUCGAAGCCAGGAGGAGUAUUCUGCCCAGCAUUAACCCAGUUCUAGACAAGAGUGAGCCUCAUCAGAAGCUGUCGUCAGUUCCCCUGAAGCAGAACUUGUUUCAGAUUUCCCCACCAGAGGUGGUAUUUCAGAACUUUGUCACCCAUGAGGUCUCUGAAAUGGUGCUGUCUAUCAUGAAUAAGGACAAGUUUCCUCAGGUGGUGAAGGUCUCCAUGGAGAGCUCGCCUUACUUCCAGCUCACGUGCUCCAACGACGCGUACCGUGUCGUGCUGCCGGGCGCGUCCGCCCCCGUGCGCAUCCGCUUCACCCCCGAGGAGAACAAGGAUUAUUCCCACCAGCUCGUCUGCAUGACUGAAAGCGAAAGGAUAGUUGUGCCAAUUCGGGCCAUUGGUGGCCGAGCUAUCCUGACCUUCCCUGAGCAGCUGGACUUCUCGGCCUGUCCGGUCAAGUACAGCACCCAGAAGACUCUGCUGGUUCGCAAUGUCGGUAACCGGGCAGCUCAUUACCAGCUGAGCACCCAGAGUCCUUUCUCCGUGGUUCCGACCACGGGAACUCUGGGCGCUGGCGACAGCAUGCGGGUGACAGUGGGAUUUCACCCGCUGACGACCGGUGACCAUUCCGGGUGGCUGUGCUGCAACACCGGUGAAGAAACUAUCCACACAGAGCUCCACGGAGAAGCUGGAGCUGUCCGUGUUGGGUUGAGCACAAAUUUCGUGGAGGUUGAGACGACUUUCAUCACCAUGUCCAACCACGCAACCAUGUUCAUUAAAAACAGGAGUAACGUCACGGCUCACUUCCAGUGGAAGGCUUUUCCUACUGAGGAAGAGGAGAAUAAAGAGAAGAGGAGGUUGGUCUGACAGAUCCA